AUGACUUCCACAACACAAAGCCAGAUGCUUCACAAGAAGCUAUGCCCUGGUGACUGCUCGACUCAAAGGCAAGAAGAGUUGAAAAGAGAACAAAUCCCAACUUUAGGUUCCUGGUUUCUUGCAGAAAAGUGCACGCAAGAUUGGAUAAAUUGUCACCCACUGUUAUGGGCAUACGGUCCUUCUGCAACCGGGAAAACAUUCAUUAGUUCCCUCUUAGUCGAGCACAUUCGGUCAGCUCCAAGCGUUGCAAGUCAAAACAUAGCGACAGCGGUGUUCUAUUUUCAGAGCCACCUCGACAGACAGCACAAUGUUGCCGAUUUUGGUUAUGCAUUAUCUUCUAUUGCUAGGCAGCUUGUUGCACAGUUGUCCGAAUAUGCGCUCAAAGCUCUUCUACUCGAGAAAGAACUCACUGCCUGGGGCAUUGAUCCUGAAUUGCUAAGAAGAAUCAUUUCAUCAUUCGAGUCUAUUUUUAUUAUUUUUGAUGGUGUUGAUACCUCUGCCAGGGCAUUUCAGGAUUUGCUUGUGGAUAUUUUCAAGCUACCCACGGAGCAAUUGAAUUUACACAUAUUCAUAACAAGCCGAUACCCACCGCCUCGUUUCCUCAUUGAUCAAUUUCAAGCGUCCGCCGCGGAAAUACGGGCUCCGGAUGAGGACUUGACAAAAUACAUUUUGCAAGGAACUGAGGGCAUAGUGGCGCCUGAGCAACAGCAAGAAUUUUCCGACGCUGUUUCUAAUCUUGCUAAACUGCUAGAUGGCUGCUAUCCCCCUUCAAUCUCACAACUUUUUCUCCUGCAUGAAGAGGCUGCACCGCUAGAUAUAUUGGCUGAAUUAGUAGAUGCUUUUACAAUAACACCAGCGUCAGCUAAAGUUGAGAUUCUUUGUGAGUUUGCGAUUAUCCAGAUUAAAAAGUCAAGGCAUGGACGGCUACUUUACAUGGUGUACAAACUCGUUGCCAAAAUAGAGCAAUUCGGGUAUACCCCUACGAGACAUAUAAUUGGGGAGAUGCUAGAGGCUCUUGCCAUUCAGAGUGAAUUUGAACAAUCGUAUUCAAUGGAUAAAGGCCAGGAGCAUGCAGCAUUUAUAAUGUUUAGCGGCAGGGGUCAGAUAUUGCGGAGUCAGUCUCCUCUUCUUAGAGAUCAUUUGGCGAAAGAGAAGUCUCGUGAAUUUGAAGAGGAAUUAUUUCAGGCUUCCCUGCGUUACCUGUCUCUAAAAGAAUUUUCUGGUGGUCCUUGUCCAUCUUCAAUGAGCUUGAAAGAAAGAUUUCAGAGACACCCUUUUCUACCGUAUGCGGCGCGCAUAUUUUCAACUUCUGCUUCGAGAUUUCGAAACCUACCAAACAGCAUCGAAUUAUUUACCAACUUUUCAUCCUGCCAUGGUUCAGUAGAAUCAUACCUACAAGCAAGGAGUGCCUGGCCGUAUCUAGUUGAUGCGACUUACGAUGAGCUUGAAGACGCUGAGGAGCGAUGGAGGUUCUACCCGCUUGGCUAUAGACCACUUCAUUUGGCUUGUGAUAUAAUAGGUGGAAAAUAUUUGAUUGAGGCACUGCUACACCGGGGGGAAGAUAUACAAGCCCGCACAGAGAAUGGACAGACAGCACUACAUCUUGCUGCGGAAAUCGAAAGCGAUUCAAACACACUCGCUGCUCUUCUCGAGAAUGGCGCUGAUGUUUCUGCUACUGAUAAUGACGGAGAAACGCCGUUGUCUAUGGCGGUUGUUCAUGGGUGCCUCGAUUCCGUGAAACUGCUUCUUCAAUAUGGCGCUGAUAUCGGCACUAUUCACUGUAACGUUCUUCUCGAGUGUACCCAAGAGCGUCCCGAAAUUGCUGAGUACCUGAAUAUUAGGGGACUUCUAUCUAAAAUAUGUGUUUAA